GGAGCGCUUUGCGGCAGCGAGAGCGAGCGCGUCGCGUGCGGAGGGCUGAGGCGGGAGCUGGCAUCUCAGGGGCCGCCCGGAGGAGCCUCACGCGGCCCGGCGGGAAGCCCCAGCGUCCCCUCCCCUCCGCCGCCUAUGGUGCCCCGCACCGCGCCGUGAGGUGAGGUGAGGCGAGGCGAGGCGGGCGGAGCUGGGGGCCGGCCCCCGCGGCGGAGCAGGGCGCCCCAGGAUGAAGCUGACCACCCAGGCCUACUGCAAGAUGCUGCUGCACGGAGCCAAGUACCCGCACUGCGCCGUCAACGGGCUGCUGGUGGCCGAGAAGCAGCCGCCCCCGCCCCGCAAGGACCAGCCGCCCCCCGGGCAGCCGCAGCCCCACACCCUGUUCGUGGACUGCAUCCCCCUCUUCCACGGCACCCUGGCCCUGGCCCCCAUGCUGGAGGUGGCGCUGACGCUGAUUGAUUCUUGGUGCAAAGAGAAUAGUUACGUGAUAGCUGGAUAUUAUCAGGCUAACGAGCGUGUGAAAGAUGCCAGUCCAAACCAGGUCGCUGAAAAGGUAGCCUCCAGGAUUGCAGAGGGCUUUAGUGACCCAGCACUCAUAAUGGUGGAUAACACUAAAUUUACGAUGGAGUGCAGAGAACCUGCCAUUCAUGUGUAUGAGCAUCAUGAAAACAAAUGGAGAUGCAAAGACCCACAUUUUGAUUAUUGUGAAGACUGGUCUGAAGCCCAGAGGAUCGCCACAUCUCUCUUGGACAGCAAAUCCUACGAAACCCUUGUGGAUUUCGAUAAUCACCUAGAUGACAUCCGGAAUGACUGGACAAACCCAGAGAUCAACAAAGCUGUCCUACACCUAUGUUAGGGAGGCUUCCACUGACUGAUUUAUGGGCAUUUCCACUAUGCUGAAGAUACUUUAAAAAAAUAUUUUUGAAUGUAAAUAGAGUUAUCUUCAGUACAUUAUGGGGAACGCCAACAGCAGAUUUAAAAAGAACGGCAUGUCACUUGGAAAAGGUAACGUGCCCAGAAGCAGUCAAAUCUUUUUAAUGAGAAUCUUUAGAAGAAAUACAAACUGUCAGUUAUAGCCAUCCUUGUGGAUUCCUUCCCAAUUGUAGUGAUUGUUGCUAUAACCUUUAAAACCAGAACUACUUCUGCUUGUCCAAAUUAUUCAUAUUAAAAAGUUUUGACUAACCUUU